UUCCCCUUUCCCUCCUCCCGGCUGUCCGUCCUCCUGCGAGAAAGAGCCGUGGGCUCCCCCUCUGCCCCGGCGGCCAGCGGGAGCCGCAAGAAGCCGCCGUGGACAGCUCGGCGGCGUUAGAUUGCAUUGACCCAGAGUUGUCAUUUUCUUUAUGGACUGGGAAUGACACUACCUGUUCAUUCCCAAUGGGCUGUGAACAGUGGCCUUAAUUCUUCCAAUCAAUGAAGUAUAGAAUCUAAAGUCUGUGACAUCGCAAAACCAUCUACACCCAAUUUUUAAGGAAAAUCAGAACCACAUAUAAUCCCAUAAAGCUCUGAGACUCCUCAGUACAAUGACUCAAGCAGAAAUUAAACUUUGCUCUUUGUUGCUGCAAGAGCAUUUUGGAGAGAUUGUAGAAAAAAUUGGAGUCCACCUAAUCAGAACUGGCAGCCAGCCACUGAGAGUAAUUGCCCACGACACAGGAACAUCACUGGAUCAGGUGAAAAAAGCCCUUUGUGUACUCAUCCAACAUAACCUGGUGAUAUAUCAAGUGCACAAACGUGGUGUAGUGGAGUAUGAAGCCCAGUGCAGCCGGGUGUUGCGAAUGCUUAGGUAUCCCCGGUACAUCUAUACUGCCAAAACACUGUAUAGUGACACUGGAGAGCUCAUUGUGGAGGAGCUGCUAUUGAAUGGCAAAAUGACAAUGUCAGCUGUUGUGAAGAAAGUGGCAGACCGACUCACGGAGACUAUGGAAGAUGGCAAGACCAUGGACUAUGCUGAGGUAUCAAACACAUUUGUGCGGCUAGCAGACACACACUUUGUACAGCGUUGCCCCUGGGUGCCUGCCACUGAGAAUUCAGACCCGGGGCCACCGCCACCUGCCCCCAUUCUUGUCAUCAGUGAAAAGGACAUGUACCUGGUUCCUAAACUGAGCUUGAUCGGGAAAGGUAAAAGGAGAAGAUCAUCUGAUGAAGAUGCUGCUGGGGAGCCCAAAGCCAAGAGACCAAAAUACAGCACAGAUAACAAAGAGCCUGUUCCAGAUGAUGGGAUUUAUUGGCAGGCCAACCUUGACAGAUUCCACCAGCACUUCCGUGACCAAGCCAUUGUCAGUGCGGUUGCCAACAGGAUGGACCAGCCAGAGCCAGCCAGCAGAGUGAAUUCUGAAUUGCAGUUCACUUUUCAAACCCAGACCAGCAGCGAGGUCGUGCGGACCAUGCUUCGGAUGAGUGAGAUUACCACUCCCUCUACUGACCCCUUCACCCAGCCACUGUCUUCCAAUGAGAUCUUCAGAUCCCUACCUGUUGGCUAUAACAUCUCUAAACAAGUUCUCGAUCAGUAUCUCACUCUACUGGCAGAUGAUCCACUAGAGUUUGUUGGAAAGUCUGGCGACAGUGGUGGAGGAAUGUAUGUCAUCAACCUGCAUAAAGCUCUAGGAUCCCUAGCCACAGCCACUCUGGAGUCUGUCGUACAGGAGAGGUUUGGGUCUCGCUGUGCCAGAAUAUUCCGUCUAGUUUUGCAAAAGAAACACCUGGAACAGAAGCAGGUAGAAGACUUUGCAAUGAUUCCAGCAAAGGAGGCAAAGGAUAUGCUUUACAAGAUGCUCUCAGGAAAUUUCAUAUCACUCCAGGAAAUUCCCAAAACGCCAGACCAUGCCCCAUCCAGGACCUUCUAUUUAUAUACUGUGAACAUCCUGUCAGCUGCCCGAAUGUUGCUGCACAGGUGCUACAAGAGCAUAGCCAACUUGAUAGAAAGGAGACAGUUUGAAACCAAAGAGAACAAGCGUCUACUAGAAAAGUCUCAGAGGGUGGAAGCCAUCAUUGCAUCUAUGCAGGCUACAGGUGCAGAGGAGGUACAGCUCCAAGAAAUAGAGGAGAUGAUCACAGCCCCCGAACGCCAGCAGCUAGAAACCUUGAAGCGCAAUGUCAACAAGUUGGAUGCCAGUGAGAUUCAGGUGGAUGAAACCAUCUUCCUGUUGGAGUCAUAUAUUGAGAGCACCAUGAAGAGACAGUGACCCAGAAGAAGAGCCUUUCUCAAAAACUCUGGGGAGAUUGGAAGGAAAAAUAAAGGAGGCGCCUGAUGCAGUCUUUGCAGUGA